AUGAACGGGGAGGUGGUUACAGUGAAGGGGGAGUUGACGACAGUGAAAGGGGAGCUUGCUGAGCACAAGCAGUCAAGUACGUUUCAGCUGGAGGAGGCUGAGAGGAGACAAGUGGUGGAGAUGAGGGAGAUGAGAGGGCAGGUGGAGGAGAGGGAGAGGGCGCUGAUUGCAAAAUUGGCUUCAAUGAACGGGGAGGUGGUUACAGUGAAGGGGGAGUUGACGACAGUGAAAGGGGAGCUUGCUGAGCACAAGCAGUCAAGUACGUUUCAGCUGGAGGAGGCUGAGAGGAGACGCGUGGAUGAGAUGAGGGAUAUGAAAGGGCAGGUGGAGGAGAGGGAGAGGGCGCUGAUUGCAAAAUUGGCUUCAAUGAACGGGGAGGUGGUUACAGUGAAGGGGGAGUUGACGACAGUGAAAGGGGAGCUUGCUGAGCACAAGCAUUCAAGUACGUUUCAGCUGGAGGAGGCUGAGAGGAGACAAGUGGUGGAGAUGAGGGAGAUGAGAGGGCAGGUGGAGGAGAGGGAGAGGGCGCUGAUUGCAAAAUUGGCUUCAAUGAACGGGGAGGUGGUUACAGUGAAGGGGGAGUUGACGACAGUGAAAGGGGAGCUUGCUGAGCACAAGCAACGCGUGGAUGAGAUGAGGGAUAUGAAAGGGCAGGUGGAGGAGAGGGAGAGGGCGCUGAUUGCACACCAGGAUGCUAUUGCAGAGCGGGUGAAUAUUGCUGAGAGACGAAGAGCAGAGGACCUGAGGGAGCUGAGAGGAGAGGUGCAAGAGAGGAAGAGAACGCUGGCAGCAUUGAAGUGGGAACUGGACGAGGCUGAGAGGAGACGAGCAGUAGAGAUGAGGGAGCUGAGAGGACAGGUGGAGGAGAGGAAGAGGGGUUUGGAGGAGGUUGAGAGGAGACGAGUGGCGGAGAUGAGGGAGAUGAGAGGAGAGGUGGAGGAGAGAGGAGAAGAGAUGGCUGCAGAGCUGGCAGCAGUGGAAGGGGAGCUAGGAGCAGUGAAGGGGCGGUUGGCUGAGCAGAAGCAAUCAACUGCAGUGCAGUUGGAGGAGGCUGAGAGGAGACGAGCGGCGCAGAUGAGGGAGAUGCGAGGGCAGGUGGGAGCAGUGAAGGGGGAGGUGGCUGAACACAAGGAUUCUAUGAAAGAGCAAUGGGAUGUGGCUGCGAGAAGGAGGGGAUUGGAUUUGAGAGAGCUGCGAGAGGAGGCCAGAAAGGGAGAGCAUGAGCUGAGAGCAGCGUUGGCAAGGGAGAGGGAGGAGAGGAGGAGGGAGGUGCAGGAGUUGAAAAUGGCGAUGGAGGAAUUGGCAGCGUACAGGAAUUGGAUGACUGUGGAGCAGGGAAUCAACCAGAGUGACGGCGAUCAGAAGACCGCAUGGGAGGUGAGUGCUCAUUGA